UGGUGCUGAAGCGGCGCGUGCUGGGGACUGGAGCGCAAACACACAAUCGAGGCAUCCUCUCGCGGGAUGGUCAGAGGAGCUACGAAGUAGGUAGAAGAGUGUUUGCAAUUCAGGAAUCCAAGCCAAUUAUUUGUGAUUUUUUUAUAUAAAAUACAAUUUACAGUAGUCUGAAUUGGUGUAAGCUGUUUUGAUAGCAUAUAGCCUAUUUGCGCUGUACAUGUUAGGUUUUUACACAGCCCUCUCUCUAAAUUAUUUCGCUCUCAGCCUUAUUGUUGUUGCCUGCCCGUCUCGCGCAUUCUUUAUGCACAGCAAACUGCUCCAGUUCUCCCCGAGAAAAUAGACCUUCGCGUCGGAACAGCAUGGCCCGGUCCAGUCGCACCCACUGAGAGAGAUGGAAGCCAAGCAGCACUCCAUAAAGAGCCUGAAGAGCUUCCCAGAGGCGGGGGGCCGGAGCUUGGCGGCGGCCGCGGGAGACGUCGGUGUUGGAGGUGGUGGAGGAGGGUGUCGUGCCGGCUCGGCACAGAUGGAAAUGGAGGCAAACAUACAGAAAGCCAUUGACUUCAAGGUGGAGGGCCACCGUUGCUACAAGGAGAAGAAAUUCCGGGAAGCGAUAGGGAAGUACCACCGGGCUCUGCUGCAGCUGAAAGGGGUACAUUUAGUGGAUGGAACCACGGGCUCCGAGGUCAACCUCCUGAGCCAAGCCGCGGUCAAACUGACAGAGGUACAGCGGAGAACUGUGGAGAUCACGGAGAUCGAGUGCUACGACAGCCUGACAGCGUGCCUGUUGCAGUCAGAGYUGGUGAACUAUGAGCGUGUGAAGGAGUACUGCCUGAAGGUGCUGGGCCACCAGCGGGACCACUUCAAGGCCAUGUACCGCGCCGGCAUCGCCUGCUACCACCUGGGCGACUACGAAUGUGCCCUGCGCUACCUGCGUGACGCCAAGAACCGCGAGCCCUCAGACACAAACGUGCUGCGGUACAUCCAGUUGACGGAGAUGAAGAUGAGUAGGGAGGGCCAGCGGGAGCGAGAGAGCGGCAAAGAGGCCCUGGGCUAACCUUUGACCUUUUGGCUUCUGUCACUAUGGCCUACUCUAUGACCCAUCCUACAUCUCCUCUCUGACCUCCUCUCCUCCUUUAUCGAGCCCAGUCUCAUUUAUGAGUAGCCCCAGUGAUGCGCUGCAACCAUGUAAAAGAACAGGGCAGAAAAAGCCCCGUUUCUCCCCCUCUCUUCUCCUCCUUGCCUCUCUUCUUCCCCCAGGUGCUGUUGAUCUGUACCCAAGAUGUCGACUGCCAAGCCAACAAAAAAAAACAAAGCAAAGGGAAAUGCUGUACUAUACUCAUACAAAACAGUCAUGGUUGUCUGAAUGAAAAAAAAAUGWAAAAAAAUAUAUGAACAAAGAACAUUGCGUAAUUUAGUAGAAGUGUAAUUUAAACAAAAAAAUUAAGUAUAAUUUCUUAUUUUCUUUUUYGUUGUGAGGACUGAGGAGAGGUCCAGGGUUGGGGAAGGUACCAGGGGAGGGCAAUGGAAGGAGUUUGGGAGAAAGGAAGAGGUGUGACACAUCAAGACGUUAGGCCAAUUCAACUGUACACUCUGACCCCCCCCUAUUACAAUGGAGGUCUGAAAGCCACUGACCCAGACUGUCCCUGAGAGAGACUGUCCCCCCCCAGCCUCAGCCCGGCUAGAGUACAGAUCAGGCUAGCUAGCACGCUACGUCUCUGUCUUUUUCAUUCAGGAAUAGUCUUCAGACAAGCCUGCCUUUGCGCUCAUAUUCAAUCUUAUUUUUAUUUUUUUUCUGCUUUUAGUGUCUCGUCUCAGUUUCUGGACUGUUUUGAAUUCAAGGGCUAAUUCAAGUGUUUGUAAUUUUGUCCUUUGAUCGUUUUUUUAUUUUGCUGUUGAUAUUACAUUGUACUUAGUUGUUAUAAAGCAAAAUGUGUGACCUUUCUCUKUCUAACGAACAAAACAAACAAACUCCCCAACAGGCUCGCUGUUCUGCUGUUAACUGGUGUGUUUUUGUGAACUGGUGUCUUGAAUCUGUUGUCCAAUCCCCCCUGGAAUGUGUUGUGUUGUCAGACUGUUACCCCCCCCCCCCUGCUUUCUAGCUAAUGAUGUCACUAUGGAAAAUAGCCAGUGGGAUUGAGGUUCCAACAAGCACCCUUGGCUGCACAGAGUUCUCUUCUGCUUUCUACUCUGAAUUUCUACUUCCAGGCCCUUUAUCGCUAAUGCUGAAUCCUCCCAGACAUCAGUGACAUCACGAGACACUCUGGCCAGUGUUAGUGCAGGGAAUCCGAUCACAGAUACUGUAUCCUUCUGAAGUGUCUCAACCAUCAUCAGGAGUGUGCCAUUUGAGAUUCCCAUUUAAUUGUGUAUAUUUUGAUAGAUAUCAGUGUUGCAAAAAAAAAUGAAAAAAAAACAUUAAAAAAUGUGCUGUCUCUGUAGGCAGAUUACACAACACUAGUGAUAGACCAAGACGAGUGAGGAUUGUGGUUGGGGCAAGGCCAGCUAAUGUCAUAUUACACAUACAGACCCAUCAUGCCACUGCAUACUUUCUCAAGACAACUCCCAUUGAGGUUGAUAAAGCCUAUAGGGUUGCUAGGAUUUCUAGAAAUACUUAGAAGUACCUGCCCUGUUCUAAGGAGAGGUUUGAGUUGACCAAAUGUUAAAGCAUGAGCUUAAUUUCUCCAUCUAAUACCAUGGAACUCAGUUUCCUUCACCCUAUGUGCAAGCCAAGCCCCUGCAUGGUAAUGUGUGGCUCAAGUGGACGCCAUUUUGAAUCCAGAUGCCAGGGAUCAUGUCUGGUUUGUUGCUUUCUUUAACAUUGCAUGUUGUGCCCCCAUUUCCCAUUUAUCCCACGUGGAAUUGGUUAAUGGAGUAGUCAGCAGUUUAGCCUGAAAAGGUAUCUUGCAUCUUGCAUAGGUUGAUUUUACGAGACUUAUAUGGUCCCAUACAGAAAGGAAUUAGGGCCAGCAGCAGCCAUCUGCCUUGGCCAACGUGAGCCACGAGAAGAAUAAUUCCCAAAAACAUCAGAGGAGUGGAUAAUACAAUAUCAAAACGAUAACAGUUCUCCCCAUUUGCCUGUGACCUAAUAUGAGGGGAAUUGGGACCAAAGUGUGUCGAUGAGACUCUGGAGAGGCAGCAGCACGAUGCCUGGAGCAAACUUGCAUGAGCCAGAGGCUCCACUGGAGAGAGAAAUGGGCCAGCAGGACCACUAACGCAGCAGGAAUGCCAUGUCGCUCUGAAACCGUAGAGAUGGGAUUAUGUUAAAGCAGCGUUGUGAAGAGGUUGUGGGGAGGUUAACACCUUGGUAGCAGGGUAACAGCAACAUGGUGUGGAACCACCAAGAACUCUCUCUCACUCUCUCUCUCUCUCRCUCGCUCUCUCUCACUCUCACUCUCUCUCUCUC